CGUAAUUUGAUCCGGACGAGAGCCGUUGAAGGGACUUGAGUUCGGACGUGUUGCGUUCACGUACCCGCGAGUCGUUGGGGGAGGAGGCGGCCAGAGCUCCAGGGGGCCGGUCGGUUGGUCGCCCUCUGGGGAGCGAGCAGCAGGUGCACAAAGCAGACUCCGCCCUGAACACCGGGCGGGUCGAUACUUUCGCGUAGGUACGAGCGAAAGCAACAAAGACAGAAAAAGCCCCCCGCGAGUGGAUUAGUACAUGGUGAGACCCUCGCACACAUCGCCGGGAUAUCAGCGGAGCAGAAGAGGCCAUGGGGGAGAAGGACAAGCCGGCCGCCGGGCUCCGCUCACCGGAGGGCAAAGCCCGGGACCGAGUGGGCAGCACGGACCCGUACGGCUUUCAGCGGCCAAACAGCUUCAACUAUGAGUUAUAUGAGGAGCUCAUGUCGGAGUAUCUGGUGGUGCUCACCCGACGAUCCAUCAAGUGGUCCAAGCUGCUGAAGGGGAAAAGCAAGGUGCCGAGGAAUGUAAAACUAAAGCGCUACGUCCGGAAGGGGAUUCCCAAUGAGCACCGGGCUCUGAUCUGGAUGGCAACCAGCGGGGCUCAGGACCAGCUGGAGAAGAACCCGGGCCGCUACCAGUCCCUGCUCAGAGCCCAGCACGACCCCAAACUGGCGGAGACCAUCAACACAGACUUGAACCGAACGUUUCCAGACAACGUCCAGUUUCGCAAGACAUCCAACCCUUGUCUGCAGAAAGCUCUGUACAAUGUGCUGCUUGCUUAUGGCCACCACGACCCAGCUGUGGGAUACUGUCAGGGGAUGAACUUCAUUGCUGGGUAUCUGCUCAUCAUCACAAAGGAUGAAGAGAAGUCCUUCUGGCUGAUGGACGCGCUGCUCGGUAGAAUAUUACCAGACUACUACACCCCAGCCAUGCUGGGCCUGAAGACGGACCAGGAGGUGUUGGGCGAACUGGUGAGAGUUAAAAUCCCCGGAGUGUGGCGGACCAUGACGGACAACAGCGUGAUGUGGACCCUGGUGGUCUCCCGAUGGUUCAUCUGUCUCUUCAUAGACGUCCUGCCAGUCGAGACGGUGCUGCGGAUUUGGGAUUGCUUGUUCUACGAGGGCUCUAAAAUCCUGUUCCGUGUAGCUCUGACACUGAUCCACCACAACCAGGCUCUGAUUGAAAAGGCCCGCUCGCUGCCGGACGUCUGCGAGAACUUCAAGCAUAUCACCCAGGGACCAUCUGUCGAAGACUGCCACGCUUUUAUGAAGAAAAUCUUCAUUGAACCAGGAAGUCUCUCCCUGGCAACCUUGACUAAGCUGCGUGGGACGUGUCGAUCUCGCUGCCUUGCAGAAGAAUCCUGAACCAAACUGGACCAACUGUUGCUCAAGUUGAGAACGCAUUCCACUGGGAUCACAUCCGGGCCGCUCGUUCGCACCUUCUUUUUUACCGACUAAAUUGACUAUUUCAUACUGAGUAUGCUGAAGUGAGCUUAUUCUUCGGUAUGUGAUCGGACCAUUCCAUUUGAAGUAGUUUAUUCCUCUUUUGUGAUGUUUUGCACUUUACUGCUGAAAGUCAGAGACACUGUAGAGAAGCGGUCCGGUCAGAUGAAUAACACGUUGCCCAGUCGAAGGACAAGCAAGAGGCCCACUGUCUUUCGUACUGAACGGUUAGUGAAGACUCGCUAUAAUCUCAUUCUGUGCUGAUUUUUGUAUCAACUGCUUUAGAUCCAAUCCGCUGUCAUGAAAUCAAGUGCACUACGAUAAAAUGAAUGCUGUAUAA